AUGGAGUACACACUCGUGUCAAAGAUGUUCACCAACCCAAACGGUAUCGAGGUUCUGCUGCCGGCUCCCGUGGAACCCAAGAGCGAACUGCUAUUCAAUGCAGGAGUCUAUGACGGCGCAGUUCCUUUCAAGGAAACGAACGCUGGAUGGCACGGAUACAUCCCCUGGACUGAUCAUCCUCAGUGGAAACAGCUGGCGAAGGAGAUCUUGGACGGUGCGCAGCAGCAGGCUAUCGAGUCGCCGUUCAAGCCGGGCCAGGCAGCGUAUGACGAUCAGACCACAAAGCUUAGAGUUACUGGCGGAAUUGUGGGAACCAGAUUCUCCGAGUACUUCAUGCGCCUUGGAGCAGUGCUGUACAACUGGCCUGCGGAGAGCUGGGAGACGAUCAAGAAGGAUAAGGACAGGAGCAUGCUUCAUGUACUUUCCUUCCCUUACAAUGGUGAAGCAACAAAGGACGAUAUCGUCAAACAUGUCAUCACUCCUAACCCUCUUCACUUUGUCCGUAAUCACGGCAACAUCCCUAUUAUCGAUGCCAACACAUGGCUGCUCGAGCUCGGUGGUCUUGUGAAUCAACCAAAGAGUAUCAAGUUCGACCAGCUCAAGUCUGGAUUCCCGACCAAGACGGUCACUGCCACGCUCGUCUGCUCGGGUACUCGGAGGAAGGAGCAACAGAUGGAAGCACUGGGAGAGUUCGACGAGCUCAUCAACGCUCCCUGGACCGAGCAGGCGCUGGGUACCGCCCGCUGGACAGGCGUCACCUUGAAGACGCUGGUCGACUACUGCGGCGGGCUGAGGGACGAGGCGACUGAUAUCGAGUUCUACGGUGCAGACACCUACUUUAAGCGGAACAAGCCUGAUAAUUAUAUCGUCUCCAUCCCUAUCCGGAAGAUGGAGGAUACCAUCAUCGCUUUCGAGAUGAAUGGAGAGCUUCUCACGCCUACACAUGGUGCUCCCGUUCGGGCAGUUGUGCCGGGGUACAUCGGCGCACGGAGCGUCAAAUGGCUCUAUAGGAUCAAAGCGCUUCCCCACCCCUCGCUCGCCCCCGUCCAAUCAGAAGAAUACCUCUACUUCACGCACCAAAUGGGAAAACAUAAUUUCAGAUGGUCGGAUGGGUUCCAGAUUGGCGGAAUGCCAAUCUCGAGCGCGAUCAUGUCCCCCAAGAACGGGGAAGUAGUGUACCAUAACGGCAAGGUCAAAGUCACCGGCUGGGCCUACACAGGCGGCACAUCCAACUGGGUAGAGCGAGUCGAAGUCUCCCCCAACGGAGGCUCAGACUGGUACCCCGUCUCCACAGCCCAGCUCUCCCAGAAGUUCUGGUGGGCAUGGAGGUUGUUCGCCGUGGAGGUGCCUACGCCUGCGCAGGGGUAUUUGGACUUUACGGUCAGGGCUUGGGAUGGGAAUAUGAAUACUCAGCCGACGUUGGUGAGGGAUGGGUGGAACUGGGACACGCACGUGACGAAUUCGUGCCAUCAUAUCCAGAUCUACUCCGUCAACCUCUCCGACCCGCAGACAGCGCUGCGUCUCGCCCAGCUGCACAAACACGGGCUUGCCUUCGAGCCGGUGCAUAAGCCGCUCGAGAUGGAGUUGGAGGACGAAGUCGAGUAUUUGAACAGGAUUAGGGAGGGGAGUAUUAGGCGUGACCCCGUGGAGUAG